AUGGCAGCCUCACAAGAUGCAUUGGCAUAUCAUGAGCCAGGGAUCGAAACUAUUCUGAUCCUAACUAGCUUUCUGCUUGCUCUCAACUGGGUGAACGCUCUACUUGAUAAGCUGAUCUACUGCGGGCUCGUUGGGCAGCUUCUCAUUGGGAUGGCAUGGGGGGUCCCCGGAGCCAACUGGAUAGAAUUAGACGUUCAGAGAACCAUUCAGCAGCUGGGAUAUCUCGGGUUGCUUCUUUUGGUGUACGAGGGUGGCCUUUCAACAUCAUUCUCCCAAUUGAAAUCAAACUUCGUCCUGUCCUCUGUGGUGGCGAUCACCGGGGUAGGUGUGCCUAUGGGUCUAUCCUUCGUCCUGAUGAGCCUGCUACCAGCCACUCCUCUUCAAGCAUUUGCCGCCGGUGCGUCCCUCUGCUCAACCAGUAUCGGAACGACAUUCACCAUGCUGUCCACGACGGGACUGGCAAAGACCCGAUUGGGUGUUGUCCUCAGCAGCGCAGCGAUGAUGGACGAUGUCGCGGGCUUGGUGAUGGUUCAAAUCAUCUCGAAUCUGGGUGGCGCGAGUCAGGAAUUCUUCGACCCGGUGGUCGUGAUCAGGCCCAUCCUUGUUGCCUUUGGGUUUGCUUUGGGGCUUCUUCUCAUUUGUCGAUUUGUCGUUGCGGUGGUCGUGCAGAAACUUCAGGCGCACGAGAUUCGGGUCCCUGCUUGGAUGAGGUCAUUGAAUGUCGCAUUCGUUGUGCACAUGCUCUAUCUCAUUGGAUUGUGGCCGGCGCACACUGGGGCUAGUAUUUCCUGGCUUGACGAGAUGUUGGCCACUCAUGAAAAGCAGCCAAAGACCGAAGUUCCAGCCAAUGACCGGCGUGAAUAUCGACCGGGGAGCAUUGAAAUGCAGACUCGACUGACUCGUAACGCAAAUCAUACACAAAGAAGUCACAGAGAAGCUGAAUCCACCGAAGCACCCGCUCAUACGGAGAGGACUAUGCAUUUCGAGCGAUCAACUGGAGAACUUGCGUUCGAAACUUUCUGCAAAGAGCCUCUCAAGCGGAUUCUGAGCCCACUCUUCUUUGCUUCGAUAGGGUUUUCCAUUCCAAUCACGAAAAUGUUUGAAGGGAAGGUAGUCUGGCGAGGCGUAGUUUACACUCUUCUCAUGGCUUUUGGCAAGCUAGUGACCGGAUUCUGGCUGAUUCGGUUGACUUUACCCGGGUCAAAGCCGUUGAACAAGGCGAAGAAGUUUCUACUCGGGUUUGCCACUGUGAGCGCGGCCAAGUCAUGCAAGAACCAAUCUCAGCCGGACAGUGACUCCUCACGUGCCUCAGCGCAAGGACAGACACAAAGGAGCGAUGGACCAAAGAAAGAAGCAAACCAAUCCUCUGAAUCAAACUCGCGCAAGCAGGAUUCUCAACUCCCGGCGGCAACAGCGGGAACUGACUCGCCGCAAGAAGGGCUUUGUCCUCCUGUGGCACAAAUCAGCAGCCCACAGCUUCCUCGCAAGCCCCGCUCAUUGUAUCCGGCGUCGAUUUUGGGGUUGGCUAUGGUGGCGUGA